UAUAUAUAAUAUAUAAUCUUAUUGUCCCUCUAACGUAGAGUUACGCUAUUUGAUAAUAAUUUAUUAUAUCGAAUAUAAAUUUUAGCAACAUUCACACCACCAUACGCAUGUAAUUGAAAAUUAAAGAUAACCUUAAAAUAUAUUACCGAUAAGGGAAGCAAUUUAUCUUCUAAUAUAUACAUAUAUGUAUAUGUUUUUAUUGUUAAAAUAUUGCAGAAAGAUGGAGAAACGAAGACUUUUUUUAAAUUUCACAAAAAAUAAAAGAAUUACUCUCGUGUUUGAGAAAUGUUUUUCGGAUGCCGCAGCAACUAAUAAUAAUGAGAAAACAACACAUUUUGGAUUCAAAACUGUCAAAGAAAGUGAUAAAGUGAAAGAAGUAUAUACAGUUUUUGAGAAGGUAGCAAAUUCGUACGAUCAAAUGAAUGAUGCUAUGAGUUUUGGAAUUCAUCGCAUUUGGAAAGAUAUAUUCAUUCAAAGGCUUGGACCAACUCAUGGCACCAAAUUAUUAGAUUCGGCUGGUGGCACAGGGGAUAUUACAUUCAGAUAUUUAAAUUAUUUAAAGAAUACCCCUAAUUACCAAGAUGUAAAGAGUUCUGUAACAGUUUGUGAUAUAAAUAAGAAUAUGUUAGAUGUUGGUAAAGUAAGAGCAAGAAAAUUAGGAUGGACAGAUCAAAAUAAUUUUAGUAUCGAUUGGAAACAAUGCGAUGCAGAAAAGCUUCCUUUCGAGGACGAUUCAUAUAAUGCUUACACAAUAGCCUUUGGAAUAAGAAAUGUAACACAUAUUGGAAAGGUACUUUCUGAGGCAUACAGAGUACUAACUCCGGGUGGUUGUUUCAUGUGUUUAGAAUUCAGUCAUGUAGAUAAUAGUAUUUUGAAAUGGCUCUAUGAUCAAUAUUCAUUUCAAAUAAUACCUGUGUUGGGUACACUCAUAGCAGGAGAAUGGCAGCCCUAUCAAUAUCUUGUCGAGAGUAUUAGAAAAUUCCCAAAGCAAGAAGAAUUUAAAGACAUGAUUGAAGUAGCAGGUUUUAGAAAUGUGACGUAUGAAAAUCUAAAUAGCGGUAUAGUAGCUAUUCAUUCGGGUUUUAAAUUAUGAUAAAUACCGUUUUUUAUUGAGAUAUAAUUAAAUGUAUUAAAUAACAAAUUACUUGUCAUAUAUCUUUUAUUAUAUCCAAAGAUUUGGUGAAAAUAACACUUCAUUACAUUGUUAUAUUUAUUACAAAA